GAAUGAUGUUAGGGCUUGCGGGGAUCCAUAGAGGUUUUGUCAGGGGAAGAGAUAAAACUCUAAAAUUCUUAAGGCGCAAGGAUUCCAAAGUGAGGCGGAAGGUGAAGCCGAUGAAUUCGGAGGGCAGUAGUCACCGCUCACACUCAAUCUUGUCGUGGUUCGUCACGGUUCAUCAUCACGAAACUUCCGCUUUGAUAUCAUCCGCAUCCACUUUCUUCUUCAUUCUGAGUGCAUAUUUCGUAGUUCUUCCAUUACGUGAUGAUGGCGCAAUAUCCUUGGGGUUAGGAAAUCUACCCGGUUUAUUCAUGGGAUCUCUACUACUCACAUUGGUAGCUGCUCCACUAUCCACUCUGAUUUUCACAUUGCCAAAUCUUUCGAAAUCCAAGGCCCUGGCCUUGAUACACAGGUUCUUUGCUGUUUCUCUUAUAGUAUUCUUCGCUCUGUGGAUCUCAUCUACUCCUGGAAACUCUUUUAAUCUCAAGGGAUUUUUUAACAUGUCCAUAAUAAAAGAGGAACUCAAGAUCACUGUUGACCAAGCUGGCCCGCCUGGGUGGGGUGACCAUGGAUGGUUUUACAUCACCGUGAGAAUCAGCUUUUUCCUUUGGGUUGCUCUGCUUAAUCUGAUAACGAUCUCCUCAACAUGGGCUAGAGUAAUUGAUGUGAUGGAUAAUGAGUCAGGUUCAAGAUUGUUUGGGUUCAUUGGGGCUGGUGCCACUCUUGGCCAGCUCUUCGGUUCAUUGUUUGCCACAGGAAUGGCUUGGUUAGGACCAUAUUUACUUCUUGUUGCUGCUCUUCUCAUGGAACUUGCUUCACAGUCAUCCAAGGGAAUAAAUAAAGAUAUCUCCCAUCUUCCCGAAGAACAAUCGCCCAUCAGGUUAGUUGAUGUUGAUCAUCCUACUGAUCAAACAGAGGUGACACACAAAAAAUCGUCUCCAGAAUUGUCUUCCUCAACCGGAAAGCCUCAGCAGCUCUGGGCCAUAUUAGAUGGGAUACGGCUUAUAUUGUCAUCAACAUAUUUACAAUGUGUAUCCUUAUUUCUGUGGCUGAGUGCAAUUAUCUCAUCUUUCUUCUACUUUCAGAAAGUGACUGUUAUUGCCAAAACAGUUACAAAUCCCGUGGGAAGAAGGCGAUUAUUUGCUGAGAUCAAUAGUUUGAUUGCUGUUUUUAUCCUUGUAGGACAGCUUACAUUAACGGGACGCAUCCUUAGCAUUGCUGGGAUUACUAUUGCUAUUUGCUCGUCUCCGUUUGUUGCUUGCAUAAAUUUAAUCACAUUAGCUAUAUGGCCCACAUGGAUUCAAGUUGCCAUAUCUGAAACUCUUAGAAAGGUGGUGAAUUAUGUGGUAACUAGGCCUGGACGGGAGCUUCUUUUUACUGUUGUCUCACAGGAAGAGAAGUAUAAAGCAAAGGUAUGCAUAGAUGUAAUUGUUCAAAGGCUGGGAGAUGCAACAGCAGCUGGCAUGUAUAAGCUCCUUUUCAGCACACUCCAUGGCAAAGUCACUACAGUCUCUCUAUGUGCAUUGCCGGUAUGCUUGUUGUGGAUAAUGAUAGCUUUUCAUCUAGGGCGCAGGCAAAAACAACUCUCAAGGCUUCAAACAUUUGCAGCAGUUGAAAUGGCUGGGAGUUAAUUUAUUUUAUUCAUUGAUUACAACUUGUAAGGAAGUUAUUUGUUUUAUAUUUUUAGAGUUUUACCCACACACUUGUCCAAAUUAAAAUCAGAAAUAGAUGCAUCAGCAUAAGAGUAGCAUAUUACUUUGUUUUCUUUAUAGUUUGACACUUGACAGAUAUAGACACAUCUAGUGAGUGUGAACCUAGUUAUCUCUUAUCUCAGAAGAGAAGUCAUUCGCAAGAAAUUACAUUUUUGUUGUACUCUUGCAGUCGUCUAAUGACUCUAAUCCUUUAGUCUGUUAGAAAAUUGCUAAAAGC